AUGAGGCCUCCAUCCACUGACCUCAAGGCUACCACCAUGUGGGGCGUCGUCGCAGGCACCGGGGCUCUUUGGUUCGUUCAGCCCUUUGAUUGGUUGAAGAAGACAUUUCUAGAGAAGCCAAAGACUCAAGGGCAAAACCCACGCACAUGAUUCAAGAAGCUCAAAAUCACAAACCCCAAAUCUCAAAGCACUCAAAAGUCCUAUUUUUAGAGGUUGAAGAAGAAGGAAAGUUCAAAAUUAAUGGGUUUCACAAUGGGUCUCAACUUGUUUCUCUUAAUGGCCAUGGUCACCACCAACAUUUUCUCUCUAUAUCACCUCUCCUCCACCAUCCAAUUCCCCAAUCAAGCCAUCCCGCCCAAAAACCCAGUCCCUGAUCACCUCCUCCACUCCAUACGUGCCACCAUCAACCACCUCACGCGCUGCAUCCUCCUCCUUCACCUUCAGACCCUCCUCCGAUCUCCUGCUCUACUCCCCUCUCUCCCCAAUAGCCUCCUCCUGCCACAACCACCCUAACCUCCUCAACAAGUACAUGGAAGCUAUAAAAAUAAAAAAUAAAAAAUUCAAUGGUGGACUGAAGAUGUAGGGGCGUUUUCAAUGGUGGAGAUAACUUGAGUCACUAGUGCUUCUUGUUAUGAUUCGGAAGAGGGCUGAGUGUCGUUGAUGAAUGUAGCUACGAUGGUGAAUGAUGGCCAAUUGUUCAGGUCCAGAACUGGUAGACGAUGCAGAGGACGGUGGAGAGAAGGAAGAGAGGGAGAGUGAGAUGGAAUCGUAUGCGGUACGUUGUUGGAGUUUGCGAAGACAGUGGAGAGGGAAAGAGAGCAGGAGGAGAGCUCCGAUGGCGAUGCCAGCACCAACUCGUCGCAGCACAUGAACACUACCCGGGGUUCCUCACCUACACUACUCGAUCUAAGAUCCACUUCUACCUUCAUACCUAUUAACAAUCCACCCCAUUCUGUGUAAAUUUCAAUCGACUCAAGACUGGGUAAAACUUAAUUCACCCCAAUCUGCAGGGAGGAGGAGGAAAUGAAGAUCUGGAAAGAGGGAAGAAGAAGAUAAGAAAGAACCGGGGAGGGAGAGAGAGAGAGAGAGGA